CGUCCUCCGACCACCAAGAGGAGGUCGAAAUGCCUACGGUAACGCGACUGACGUUAAACUGCCAACCCGUCCUGCUAGGCGACGAGGACGCUCGACGCACGUGCGACGCUGACGAGAUGCGCCGCGCGUUGUCGAGUUGCCGCGGCGAGUGAGCGACGCUCGGCCGCAACCUCGACAUGACACGAGUGUGCGACGAACUCCUUCUAACCAGCACUGGGCCGCUGCCACGCCUCAAUCUAAACGACAGGACUCCGUGACUCCGUGACAGAUGGACGAGUCAAAGGUCCCCCAGCAUGACAGGAUGCUCAUUCGAAGGAGCUCGGAGGCCCUGGACGCGGAGCCCCCUCCGCCGAGCGCGGUCAAGGGCGUGGCGGCCGCUGGUCAGCGAAUGGCUAACGGGCGGGUGGCCAGCGGAACCCCGGACGCCUGCCCGGACGCGCACGUCAAGAUCUGCAUCGAUGUCAGCGAGCCCGGCACCGCCACGCCCAAGAACCAGGACGCCGUACAGUUCUUCCCGACGCCCUCUGCCGGUGAGCAGGUCCGCGCGGCGUCCGACGGCAGCGCUGCGGCCAACAACAACGCGGCGUCGGGUGGCCGCGCGGCGAAGGAGGGCGACGACGUGUCCCUGUACGGCACCCCCAAGGAAGAGCUGGGGCCCGGCGGCGGCGCGGGCCUGUCCGAGGCCAAGGCGUCCUUCAUGCGCAACCAACUGGAGGCCCUGUUCCAGCCGUCCGACAACAAGCUGGCCAUGAAGCUGUUCGGAUCCAAGAAGGCGCUCAUGAAAGAGCGCAUCCGGCAAAAGGCCGCCGGACACUGGAUCAUUCACCCGUGCAGCAAUUUCAGGUUUUACUGGGACCUGUGCAUGUUACUGCUUCUGGUGGCGAAUCUGAUCGUUCUGCCAGUGGCAAUCUCGUUCUUCAACGACGACCUGUCGAUCCGGUGGAUAGCCUUCAACUGCCUCUCGGACACCAUCUUCCUGCUCGACAUCGUCGUCAACUUCCGAACGGGAAUCAUGCACCAGGACAACUCAGAACAGGUGAUCCUGGAUCCCAAGCUGAUCGCACACCACUACAUCCGCACCUGGUUCUUUCUGGACCUGAUCAGCUCGAUCCCUCUCGACUACAUAUUCCUCAUCUUCAUUCAGGACUACAGCGACAGCUUCCAGCUGUUGCACGCAGGUCGCGCUCUGCGUAUCCUGCGCUUCGCCAAGAUGCUCAGCCUCCUCAGGCUACUCAGGCUGUCGAGGCUCGUCCGAUACGUCAGCCAAUGGGAAGAAGUUUACUUCCUGAACAUGGCGAGCGUGUUCAUGAAAAUCUUCAACCUGAUCUGCAUGAUGCUUCUUAUUGGUCACUGGAGCGGGUGCCUUCAGUUUCUCGUCCCCAUGCUGCAGGGGUUUCCUCCCAAUUCCUGGGUCGCCAUCAACGAACUUGAGACGAAGUACUGGUUCGAGCAGUACUCGUGGGCCCUGUUCAAGGCCAUGUCCCACAUGCUGUGCAUAGGCUACGGCCGCUUCCCGCCCCAGAGCCUCACUGAUAUGUGGCUCACGCUGCUCAGCAUGAUCAGCGGGGCCACCUGCUACGCACUGUUCCUCGGACACACGACCAACCUCAUACAGUCGCUGGACUCUUCGCGACGACAGUACCGAGAAAAGUUAAAACAAGUUGAAGAGUACAUGGCGUACCGAAAGCUUCCAAGAGACUUACGACAAGGAAUCACCGACUACUUCGAGCACCGGUAUCAAGGGAAGUUCUUCGACGAAGAAGCCAUACUCGGGGAGCUCUCCGAGCGGCUAAGAGAGGACGUAAUAAAUUACAACUGCCGGUCGCUCGUGGCGUCGGUGCCGUUCUUUGCCAACGCGGACCCAAACUUCGUCAACGACGUCGUGACCAAACUCAAAUACGAGGUCUUCCAGCCAGGCGACAUCAUCAUCAAGGAGGGGACACUCGGGACCAAGAUGUACUUCAUCCAGGAAGGCAUCGUGGACAUUGUGAUGAGCAACGGAGAGGUCGCCACCAGCCUCUCAGACGGGUCGUACUUUGGAGAGAUCUGCCUACUGACCAACGCCCGGCGCGUGGCCAGCGUUCGGGCCGAGACCUACUGCAACCUCUUCUCCCUGUCCGUGGAACACUUCAACGCCGUGCUGGACGUGUACCCUGUGAUGCGACGGACCAUGGAGUCUAUCGCAGCCGAACGGCUCAACAAGAUCGGCAAGAACCCGGACAUCGUGUGCCAGCGCGAAGACCUACGCGUCGACCUCAGCACAGUCACCGCCCUGCUCCGGUCCGCCCAGGCGGCCCACAACGACGACGAGGAGGAGGACGAGGACGCGGACGGCGACAACGGCGACGCCAAGGGGGGCGGCCGCGCGCAGGGCGGCAACCGGAGGAAGUACAGCCACCUCCUGGGGGUCCACCGCAGCGGAGGAGGCACCACGAUACCGAGGCCAAAGUCCGAGAGCUGCUUCCACCGCAUGUUCGACUUGGCCAGCGGCGCAGCGGCACAGACGGCCCUGCCGCGCUCGGGCACCUUCUACGAGAGCCUGACCGGCAUGGGUUCGCAGAGCAAUCUGCAGGAGGACUAGAGCCGCCGCCGCCGCACGGGCCUUCGGACGACACCGGGCGAGGAAGCUGCUGAGCCGGCCGCGGUACAGGUGUAGUCGCAACACUCGCGCCGAAGCGAGAUUCGUAACUAUGUAAGCGUCUAUUCGGCGCAGCACAGCGAGUAAGAUAAUACAAUAUGGCGAACACUCAAUGGAAAAUAAGCAAGGCCAAUCAGCCAAAAGUCACCGCCAAUUAGACCAAACCGAGAUGGUGUGAAUCAAAUCGGGCCACCGGAAGCGCAGGUCGAGCGGGCAUUAGGUCUUCGCGACGAGGUUCCAUAAUCCUCAAGCUCGCAUGCUGCGCAGUAACACCGUGCGCCAGUGCUGUAGCUGCUCCGUGGCGACAACCUACUAGCGUGUAUUUCCUAUAUUCGGUUUUCCAACCGACAGCCAGCACGUCGGAUAACGUAAACACUGCCGUUCCUUCACACGGUGUCAAACCAGAAAGCAACAUUUUCAAAAUUAUUUCGAGCGGUUCGGCUUACGCGCGAGUGUCUAAAUUACAAAAGCCAAAAGAGAACGCUUAAGACAAAAACAAAAAAAAAAUCAAGAACAAGGAAACUUGGUUAAUCUACUGCGGUUAACAUUUGCCGACAGCCGCGACUUACGCUGUGCUUAAAAUCAAUUUGCUAAGAUGAUUGCUUCGAUGUCUUCCGGCAGCUUCCUCGUCCGGCAAUAUAACUCGCGCGGUCCGCGAACACUCGCGAUGCAUCCGAGGGAUUGAAACUUGCCAAUUUUUCGUCUCAGAAACAGAAGAUUCCCCCCCGCCCCCGCCCCCAAAACAAUAUUAUUAAAUCCUGGGCGAACAAGUACGUAGCCAACAAGAACAAGAAGAACGCACAGCCGCAACGAAGUUAACCAUACUUCAAUCUAUCAAAGUAAGCUCGGCAUUGAGAAUCCACCUCACAUGGACUCGCACAGACCGCCAAGCCUGUCGCGUGCGUGUGCAGGUCUGUUCAAGUUUCUGAGCACGCACAUUCCCCAUUCAACACGCAACCCUCGCAAAGUUUCGGAAUGUCCCUCGGUUGCACGACGCAGGCGUUCGCGUGGCCGCGCGGGCGAGAUAUGCGGGACCAGCGCAUGCGCAUCUGGGAGCAAAGUGGCCUUAGAGAAAAAAACGGGGCGAGCCGUCACAGGGAUAAACACAGACAGACACACACCAUCUACACACAUAUCGCUCCACGCACGACUCGAAGGAAAAAAAAAAAAGUCACACGACACCUUGCUCACAUUGCCGAGACACGUCACAUGAUACCACCUCGUUGUAUGUUGUUUCGUAUAUGCACAAUGUCAUGUUCCCUUCCUAAAGUUGACUGCAGGACGAUCUCAAGCCGUCCCCUCCCGAUGCCCAUCCGAGAUCGACCGAAACAAUUUGUUUUCUCGAAGCAUGGUUCCGAAUAAGUUGGUUACUCCCGAGGAAAAAAAAAAAGCUACAAGACAUGCUUUCGUUGCAUGCUUGGCCCGCGCAGAGACUUUGAGAGCGGUCAAGCAAGCCCUUAACUGUUGAUAACCCAAGGAGCCGCGAGCCGCGAUAAGUUGUUCUUGCUGUUAAUAUGGAUGUUGUAUGUUUCCGAGACAACCACGUCAGCCCCUAGAGUAACUUCCAACGGAGAAAGCGAAAGAAGUCAACAUGCGAAAUCGGCGUACAAAAAAAAAAAAAACGUAUCCGCUGCUUGUAUUUUAAGCCAGCGCAUUUGAUGCAAACUUUGUAAAAAUAAACGAAAAACAAAGUAUCGUCAACCGGACAUCGGUGCUCUUGAAGAACACUAAUGUCCCGUAUCAACAUUAGCGGAAGCAUAUGAUUCAGGCGUUUAACGCACAUGUUGGCCCAUGUUGCCGAAUAACGUGUCUUGACUACAUUCGCUUAACUUCGACGACAAAUUCCAGAUCUCCACGUCGAUAAUCGUCUAUGACCCUUGAAUCGUUAUUCCCUUCUAAACGUUACUGGGCCAGAAGAGUUCGAAAUGGAGCCAGACGCAAAGGGUGCUGCAUAUUCUAGAUAUCGUGCAGGUGUUAAACAAAACCAGUUACUGUACGCAUCGACGACGCUGACCGUAGCCCUCUUAUCCAUCACUGAUAGGCCACAUCUGUAAACUGUAGGUCUCUACGUGAAAAUUGUCGUUUUUGGUGGUCGUGACUGCAGCGCAUGAAUACCCUACCUAAUGUUCACCUCGAUAAAUGUGCCCCCAAAGGACCCAGCGGAUGGCUUAAUCAAAUUACACGUACGAUAUUGCGUAGAAAUGAUUAAAAAUAUAUAUUAGCCGGUUUCGCGCUCAUGGACGAAAAAAAAUACUAAUGAGGGUCUCCAGAGUAGGUACCUGUAGACUACAGGGCUGGUGGUCAAUCCACCGGCCCGUAUUUGUGGGCUGGUGUAGUAAUCUAGGAAAACUACACACGUACUCAGAAGAAGGAAUAAGGAGAACACAUGCUAACCAGAUGAUAAUUCGAAGCAACAAAGAAAAAAAAGCCAGAAAUGGUCGACAAAUUUUUCUUCUCUUCUUCGCUGAGCUCGGUAUGAGUCGGUGGUUGGAAACAAGCCGCGUCGCUGGUGAAGUGUGAAAGUUGGACGAUGACGUUUCUCCGAAUAACUGCAGAGGCGUGGUUGGACAAAACAAAAUGCAAAGAUACGAGGAGAGAGAGAGAGAGAUAAAAAAAGAGAGAAACAACUUUGCAGUGCGCGCACUCUGUGACCUUUCCGGCACACGACCGACGACUGCUGCUGCGUUCGAGGCAGGCCUCGUGAAAGCCACCAGCCGAAACUCGUUACACGCGCUCCCUUCGUGAUGACGACGCCAACCGUACAAACUAAUGACGUGUUCACAAACGCGUGCCGAAGAAAGACCGUUACAAGAGCCUCGCAACGGCGUCCGCAGAGAGGGCUCUCGUCUACUAUAACACGGUCACUGCACAGGCGAGCUCUUCGCAAACACGUUCCCGGAUUCACAGAGGGGCCGUAUAAAUCACGCACUCCUGCAGACGCAGCAAAAGAAAGCCUCUCUCCGGGAAGAACACUAUGAUCGAGCAUUAUGUGUCCAUCGCCCCCUCUUUACUUGAUAUUUUUUAAGCAGUGAUAGGAAAACUCGGAAAGGCGCUCGUCGUCCAAACUUCCGCGUUCAAAAACACUAACUCACCCUCACUCUCGAAUCUCCCCUUUCCCCGACGACCUUCUCCAUGGAUCGCCAUUGAGAACAUCGUAAACUGCAUGCAACUCUUUGACUAGGAGCAUGAUGUUCCCCCCACGCGUCUACGUAAGCUCGUUCCCUUGGCGACACACGCCGCCGCUGUAGGAAGAGCCGACCCGCCAUCUCAGUCGUCGUCCAUCACACAUCGUCGCACAUUGCUGUCACAACACUUCUUUGCCUGCUCGCUGCAAAAAAACAAGCACACGCGGGGCAGGGUCGGGGUGCUAGAAUAACGCAACGCGGUUGAUACGUAUGCAACCGUAACACGAAGGAACAACAGUUAGGCUCUGUAGUUAUGCAGACACGAUCGCGUGACGCUACAGGGUGAAAAAAAAAACGAUGAGCUUGUAUGAAAACAAGCAUCGGCGAGAUCGCCCUCUCGUAGGUUUAUCGGAACGAGGGGACAUUCAUACAACCUGCUGCCGUGUAACAAAUAAUUUCGUAGCAUACAAAGUAGGCGUGAAGUAACGAAUUUUUUUAAUAGCGUCACUGAACACUUGGCUUCAGCCCUUUAGUUCAGCGUCGGCCGUAGAAGGAACGAAAAUUAGUCAGACCAGCCGCUGUCUUUGAAAAAGUUAAAGUAAACAACGCCCACCUAGUACUCUUAACGACGAAUAUGAAGGUUUCUUCCAGAUAAAAAAAAAAAAGAAAAAAAGACUCACUUGCACGCUGCAGUAUCGUCAGUUUAAGAUGAAGCGCAUUCGUAAUCUAUAGUCGCGCAUUCGCAUUUACGUCAGCUCAGCUAUUGCGAUGUCGUAGGCGGGUGCCGAAAGAUUAUUACGCCGCGUUUCUGUGCAUUCGCUGACGUAACGAGGCGGUCGGUACAUGCCCCUGUCACAUCGAGUGAAACACUCUUUUUAACUUUUUUUUUAAUCGAAUAAUACGAGAAAGGCUGAGAAAUAACCACGAAUGUCUAAUGUGUGGCAUGAAGUAAGUGUUAGCGACAAUCACUCAUCGACGCAAAGUUCACUUUCGCUUUAUAUCUCCCAGCAAAGGACGCCGGACGACGGCUUGCAGGUUAGGUUAUCGCUUAUCGCCAUUUGACAUACUGAGCUUUCGACUGGAGCUUCCCAUUAUAGCCCGACAUCCGAGGCGACUAGAAUGCGAUUUUUUGAAUGCGAAUAGAAUGCGAUGUUUAGAACGCAACGACCGGUAAAUGAGAAAUUAUGUAACUUCAAAUCGGGAAGCCAGUUAACACGCUAAUUUGUGUCCUUGAUAACUGCGCAAGAACAAAAAGGAAAGAACAAAGCCAAAACAAGCUUACCUUUAUAGGGCGUUUCUUCUAUUUUUUUUUACUGCGAUAUGCAACAUAGUAGUCCUUCGGCAACAAGAAAAUAUGUGUCUGCAACGAUAUUUAUCAGGGGGAAUCAAAUGUCAAUCACUCCGCUGCUUCGUCAGUGAGCUUCUUAAGCAGCCACAAAUCGCCGUAACGCUUAAUGAUGUGACGUUGUAUGCUGCAAAUAAUGGAAAGCUUACAGUAAGGGCUAUACAGUCGCUCUGUAUGGAACGUCCUCCUCAGACCAUCAAAUACAUCUUCCUCGCUUUCCCGCAGUGGUCUCCCCUUAACGGCAAAGCAAGCUUUACAGGGGGAAACAGGUUGGUGGGCGAGCACGCACGCAACACUCUCUCGCAAAAAAAUGCAUUUAGACAGUCUACACAAAACCUGCAGAUGUUCUUUUUCUAUGACGCCUAUACAUAACGCCUAUAUGCAAGCGCCUACUCGCCGCUUAACACGUUUCGUUGCCUGACAGCCUUAAGACUUUCUGCCAACAACCUCCACGGAAGUCUCUCUGUACCGCUAUUGGGACGCCAGCAAAAAGCGAUGAGGUAACGGAUUACGUUUCAGGCAGUCAACAAUACUUAUGACGCUGUCAGAGUGACAAGUCUGCGAAGAGGCGUAGUUAUUUCGGCGAGAAGUCCUCUAUGGAGAGCCUAAAUUCGUUUUUACGAGGGCAUAAUUAAUGUACGACUGCAAUACCGACAGCUCUGUUAAGAGUACAACGUGUCCUACGCAAAAGUAGGCCGGGGCCCUACCAGAGCGCGCAUGCGCACGAAAGAACCCCGAACGUCGCACACAUUAACAAACAAUCUUAAAAGAGUGCGAGCCUCACUGCAUACACCGCGCUGCUGCCGAGAAGCGCUUCCGCUGCGGCUUGAUUUCUUUUUUUUUUUUAUUAUUAUUAUACCGUUCAAUGCAAAGGUGCACGCCGGCAGAUAUCUCUUCGUCGCUGUACAUAGGUGUACAUAAUCGCCAUAUACAUAUAAGAUAUAUAUAUACAUAUAUAUAGGCCAGCCAAUCACACUCGUAUCCGUUGUCGGUGCGCCUCUUGUUUGUGCAGGGCCCGCCCUGUUUCCCGCGUUAGUUGAACACCUGUUUGCAAAUUGUGCGCGUGUUAUGAUUACUCUAUCGCUAUCUAUUACGCACGCACGCACACCCGCACAACACAGCGUUGGUCUUGUGAAACCCCAUAUCCCAGUCCUGCGGUUGUUGUCAUUGUACGCGGUCUAUCCCCAAAGCCCCCUACUCACUAAUCCCCACACGUCCCAAGACUGCAGCGCGCACUUCUUCCGCCGCUCUGGUGUUUGUUACCUUAUCGCUCUUUUUUUUUCUCGCUGACGUCAUAAGCAGGGUCAAAGAGAACACGCUUCGGCAUUUAGCCGCGCCGCAGUAUUGUAGUAUUCGCGCGCGUGCGCACACCAAAGUCACGAUCAAGAAAGUGUCGGUGCAUGAAGUGACAGUGGCUCGAAUGACUGCGUAGCUACGUUUUGUCGCCGCCAUCGCCGAGCCCAGCUAGCGAUACUCAGCAUUAGAACUGAUCCGUUGAUCACCACAGUGACUAAGCGUCGAAUUAUCGACAGCGUUCACGAUCCGUUUUACAUACUCAUGAUGCCGAGUACUCGCGCUGCCCAGUGAACUGCCAAGACAAAACGCACACAGACGCGCGCUAAGUGUCUAUGUAUAUUUUGUCUGUAAUAUGUACCUAUGAGUUGCACACAGACAGUGAAUACAUGUAUUCAGCGUGUGAUCAGAUGUCUGCGGACUGCCUUUGAGCCGCCGAAUAUACUGUCGUCAGUGGAGAUUCUUAUUCGGAUCUUACUGUGUUCUUUUAUUAUUAUUAUUAUUCAUACAAUGUCACUUAUCCACAGGAAGCCCAGUAUCUACUUUAUGUGUAAUGUCUGUAUACUUUCUAUUGAUUGGCGAAACGACUUUCAUCAGAGGCCUAGAACACUGUAAAAAUCCGAGAGUGUUUCGGCGAAAAUGUGCGAAGCCUAAUAAAGAGGGGAAAAAAAGGAACGCGAACCGCUUUGAAAAUGGGAGGGCUGUUUAUGACAUCCGGCUUCUUUUUUCCCUCCAUUUCCGGAUCAAUUCUCUUCGAUCUAUGAGUCACUUUGCUUCCAUCCUAAAUGAAUUCAAUACUAUAGCAGUCUUUUGCCUUCCCCUACCCUCUCCUCUUUAUAUUUUGUAUUUUAAACUUCAAACACACUAUAGGCCGGUUCAAUCAAAAUUUCAAUUAUUUAUCGCCAUAUAUUUGCCAUAACGCCAAACGCAGAAACGUACGUGACCGCAAGUAUACGGUCACGAGUGUUUCUUCAGCGACGUCAGUUAUGCAUGAUAAUCUGGAUAGAAAAUAAUGUAAUAAAGAUGGAGAUAGAGAGAGAAAUAGGGUGGGGCCGUUUGAAUAUCCAUAUCGACUUGCAGAAUAAAAAAAGUUUUUUUUAAAUAACAAAAACCGCAGUAGCAGGGUAAACAUCAUGCGCUAUUUAUGGAAAUUGUGGAAAUAUAUAUUUAUGGAAAUAUAUAUAUAUAUAUAUAUAUAUAUAGAGAGAGAGAGAGAGAGAAGAGAGAGAGAGAUUCGUUUCUGCAUUAUAUUUUCACAUUCAUUUAUCCAGCACACUCGUGUUCAUUCAUUUACGUUCCCGGUCUCGGGCGUGGGCUCCGCGAUGCGGCGCGUCGGCGAACGAUCCCAGAGGCCACGCUCUCAAGCAAUGACCACGUGUAUAAGACCGGUCGUACGGGCCACUGUCACCUUCCUUCGCUAACAGCCGCUUCCUGUGAUGAAAGUGAAACAAAAAAAAGUAUAUCGAGCGGCGGCUACUCUUUUCAUUUCUCUCUGCUUCGUAUACGCUUCAGCAUGGACCAAUAAGAGCGAGCUUCGAUCGACCAUCUAGACAGAUGCGCGAGCGGAAGAUGCGAAGCUCUUGCUUAGAAAGGAAGAAACAAAGAAACCAGAGAGAAAUACGCAGCGAAGCACAGCGCGUUACCACACACACGAGCACACCUCAGUACACCGCGGGUUUCGAGAACGAGUCGUUACGUAACGCCUAGUCAGCCAAUGUAGGGACGAACGCGUAUUAUAUGUAAGCUAUAUAUGUAUUACACGUAACGAAUAGGCCUUGUUAACGAGUGACGUUCUAAUUUCUGCAGCGUAUACUUAUAGUAAGGGUCUCCUCGAGAACGGAAGCGAGGUAGACAUGGGAAAAAAGUACGAGAAAGGGACAGACAGUGAAGAGUUCCGUUGUCUUGCACUGUACAUAGCACAUCGAGCACGUCGCCGCACUGCACAGCUUGUCAAUCACAGCUCGUAAAACACAGCGCUUUGCUUACGUUGCGUGCGCUGGCAGAGGGGAGGCGCAUUCGCGGUGACCGCGGACAUUCAAUCACUGGGCUGGUCACAGCACGCGGGUGAGAAUAGCCGAGAAAAGAACACGUAUACAGUUCUUUGUCAAAAGCGUACACAGACUGCGCCGCGUCUGGCCAUGGAUGAGCCGCUGCCUCGACGAGUUCUUUGCAACGCGAUUCACUAAUUGAGCAUUUAAAGCGCGAAAAGUACAUGGAAAGGUAUUAACGGCGCUCCAGAUCAGCAGUGGAUCCUCUAAAGGGAAUGCGACAACUGGCAAGAGAAGCCCGACAGUUAGUUUUUGAUUGCGAUUUUUUUUUUUCGAAGAGCCGGGAAUGUUACUACGAGACACACCAUGCAUAGCUUUGGUCAUGGUCACGCUGUCAGCAGGCCUGUUUAUCGGACUCGUAUAAACUAACGUCGGGAACGCCGCCAUGUUGAAUAAUCACUCCAAGAGAAAAAAGCGAGCGCGAUUAUCUUCUCCAGCUGCUUCCAGCAGCGCUAGCCAAUAAGGCUUCGACUGUUAAGGCUCUUUCUUAGUACGAAUUAUGUCUCAUAACAUCGAGUGAAAGUUAACUAUAUGUACGAUUAAAGCUACACUUCAUAGCUAGCUAUCUGUAUUUUUUUUAAUCUUAUAAACGGCGGAAGUUGGGUUUCCGCUAUUCGUCGUGGUGCCAUCAAAUACCGCGCCGCCGUCACGUGACUUGCCUAUAGUUUCAAAAUACGUGGCGCGUCGUACGGCACCGCAAUGCGGCUCCCUCUAGCGCACGCAAGCUGUUGUACACCGCAGUCUCACGUCUGAACGCCAGGCUCACGUCUUCGCGAUUUAACUCCGCAACCGCAGAGCGGGCAGAAGCACUUUAGCGCCGUCUAAAAUCAUUAGAGAAAAAAACAAUUAAUCACAUCAUCGCGCGCCUCAUCACCAUCUUCACACGUGAUGCCACGCUACACGGUGCAAAAAAAAUACCUACAAAUAAAGCCGAACAAAAAAAACUAUUACCGCAGGGCACGUUAUGAAAGAGUAUUAGCUAUAAUAGUUAGCGAGCACAAAGCCCACGGCAGUUGAAUAGGUCGCAGAGGCCUCGUAUAUCCACGAACACUGAUCACAGCAAGGAUGCGCUGUCUCUACUCUUACAAACGAGUGGUUCCCAUAGUAUACACCUAAACCAUAGGCCUCUGGCGUUUUUCGACGCAGCACGUGGCUCUGCAACAGCAUACGCGUCGUGCGCACCGAUGUGACACCGUUGUGAACCGGUUCGAAGCCACAGGAGUGCCGCUGAAGCGUUUGCGUCUCGGACUGAUGAUGUUCAGCUCAUACGAUUGCGCUGGUACGCUUUUAGGGAUUGACAGCAAAGCAGGCGCCCCAGCUGGCCGAGGCAAGCGAGAGAUAAAAGGGGUGCCGUUAUCUUAACGCGUCCCCUCCUCUAAGUCAUUCCCUGUAUGACGGCUAACCAGCUGUAUAAUCGAUACUAUUGGUCAAGUUAAACCACCAGUUAACUUUAGCGAAAAAAAUGAACAUCAAAUGCUUUCCACGAAGGUCUGUCAGCAUUGAGAAAAGGCUGCUUACGAAGUCGCAUAUUACGAAAUCGCGAAAUAAUGAAAAGCAAAAGAGGCAGCAUAUCCAAAACAAUCUGUUAGGGUAUAUGAGAAGACGUAAACAAUGCGAUCCACUGUGAACGGUCUCCCAUUUAACGCAAUACUGCAGUAAAACGAAGGAUAACGGUAUCAGACGGCGCCGUAAGCAAGCAUGCUUGUGACGGCCUCAGACUUGCACGGCCUUUGGCCUCCUGUGUUCGAAGGUGUGCGUUUCAAGUUUGCAGCGUCAGGCUGAACGCACGAGCAUCAGUCCGCGGCGCGUGAAGAUCUGGCAGUGAUACAUGCAUGGGACGGGUUUGCGCACGCUUCAGCGCUUAACGCUGCUGGGCAGCCCCAAGCCAGAUACAAUUAGCCGACGCCCCUAGCGCUUCUUUCUACAUCCUAUAUCUAAGCUCGUGCGAAGCACAAACUGUAAGAAAAUCAACGACGACAUGCAUAACCCACACGUCUACGCUUCGGGAAAUUAAUAUCGCGUGUCGCGAACGGAAAUCGGACACACCGUAACACCAUUCCCAUCCCUUCCUUUUCGCGUGAAGAUUUCGACCAAUGAGAGCAGCCGUAAUUUGCGGAAAUUGGUUUCUAGUUCUUGCCCAAGAGCGAGUUCCUGUCACCUAAGAGCGGCUCCGGGUUCCUGGCACCUAAGAGCGGUUCUUGCCCUAGAGCGAGUUCCUGUCACCUUUUAGAGCUCUGUCACCUAAGAGCUCUAAAAGCUUCCUGAAAGGCGACAAACGCGGCGAUGUGGCGACGCUACAGACAAAUCGCGCUGCGCGCCGUGGCCUCCAAGAUACUCGGCAGAAAAACCGACAAUCUCGGAGACCUGUGCAGCGCAUGCGGGUGCGCGGCGAAGGCCGCACCGUCUGGCCGAUCCAGGAUCGCCAAACGUGUCCCAAUCAGGAACGCUGGUACCGAACGCGCCGACGACCAAAGGGUUUUUAAAGUAUACAUGCGAGGUACGUAAAUGCGAGACGUGCCCUUUGCCAGUUUCCCGCCUCCGAUAAACCCGCGGCAUCAAGCAGAUACCGACGACGAUACAAUGAACUGGAACAAACAAGAAGACACUUCCGACCACCGCUGAUUGCGAUCACGUGGUAACCCUUCCAGAACGAAGAAUUCCCUUCAUAAACGUCCUCCGCCGUUCCCUUCCUUCAGACUUCUAUAGAGAAAAACGAGAAGGAGUGUGUGUGUGUGUGCACGCGUCGAACGCGAAUGCUCUGUGCUCUGAACACUGGAACAGGGACGACGAACUGUUGUGGCCGUCUGUACACAGAUGUCGCGCGCUUCCCAAAGCAAUACUCACGAGAGAGGCAGAGAAAAGGCGGCUUGUUUAAGCGUACCUUUUCUGAACACACCACGGAAGCGAGUUGUUGUUUCGCUGCUGUGAACUUUAAAAAAAAAAAAAAGAUAUUGCUUCUGCGCGGUCGACACGAGAUACGGGGACCGCGACAUAGUACACACUGGUGCGGAUGUUUACACACGAAUGGUGCGUGUGCCCAGGGUUUUGUGCACAAAAAUAGAAGACGGAGUAAAAAGAUGUAAAUGGGUGGAACGGUUCUCCCCCGCAGGACUCAGAGACUGUGAUCACGGCCACGCAAAAGAUUUAAAAAAAAACGUGGCAGUGUAUGUGUGUGUGGCGCGCGCGCUCUAUGAAAACAAAAAGCAAAACUUCCGAGAGAGAGAGGGAGAGAGCCUUCACCGCGGCUCCGUCGAGUGUAAAUAGUAAUCAAUAGCAAUAUGCAAGACGAAAACCCGUAACUAAGUUUUAGCCAAGAAAAAAAAAACACUACUACUACCUAGGAACUAACAGAAAAGCCAUAGAGUUAGCAGCGUGGAAAUAAAAAAAAACAGUGCUCCUUUAUCUAAAACCAUAGAGAAUCGAGUUACACCGCUUGAAAUUGUACCUUAUUUUUGUAUAGUGACAUAAAAAAGAAAAUAUAAAGGCGAACACAGUUGCUCGAGCGUAAUGAACGUGCAAGCGUUGUACUGCGCUCGUUUGUUUUUGUUUUUGUUUUCUAAGUGUCGUUACCGUUACGUUACCUACGGUGUGUCUAAUAGAGUAUAUCUGCUGCAUUUCUUGACGUCAUUACAUACGUGUGUAGGCUGUUGGCAAUAAAGGUAUGCGCUACUUGUUGCGGGUUUGUCCGCGUUGUCGAAGUAUCUAGUUGCGCAGGUCGUUUCUAUACGCCACCUUUUCUUUUUUUUUUUUCUAUUUCUCCGUUCUUUCGUCAUGUUUUCUUCCUUACACCAAUACCCUCGCGGGUGUACUGGUCUUGUUUGGUGCAAUUCACGAAAGCACGAACCUUACGCGCGUGGUGUCGGGCGAAGCGAUGGCGUUUAUAGGAUAAGUGCGAUCGAGCAUUGUUGAAGAUUCCACAGUGAGCAUAUAUCGACCUGAUUUGUUUGUUCGUUCAUGUGAGAUUUCCUAUUAAAGCGUUUUGUAGAA